GUUUAAAACUGAUAAAGGAGUGACGUCAUUCGCGCCAUUCAUAUGUACAAGUGUGUAUAUAUAUAGUAAUUUUGAAUUGCUCUGAUUAUGUGUAUGUUGCGUUGACUUCAAGAGAAUUCCAUGAGUCACCCAACUGCAACGUGCAACCGGCAGUCGAACUGAAUUGCUCCGCGACUAGAUAGUUGAAGCUUGGAGCUCCCAGUGAAAUGUUGACAGAUUCUAGCUGUCCCAACUGCGAUUCGCAUUCCAUGGUGCGGAGAAAUCGGCUGGCUAUCUCCCGAUUCAAGAAGAUUAAGAUGGAUUUAAGUGCCCUGUGCUGCGGUCGUCGAUAUUGUGGAGUCGGCAUUUACCAAUCCUACUACAAAUGCAGUUCCUGUGGCUGGAAAGGCGAUCUUAACCGAUCCCACUAACAUGGCAUACGAAUCUCAUUCAGAAAUAAAAGUAAAUCGAUUUCAAUGAAAUUUA